ACAGGUGUCCGCUAUUGGGUAGAAUAUGCAAAUGAUUGGGUGACGUCAGGCAGCUCUGGUCCAAGCUGCAGAAAUAGGGCAGGAUUCAGCAUUUACACCUCCUAGCUCCUGGAUUGCGACUGACACCAGCGCCAAGAUUGUGUUGUGAUUUUUAUAUAUAUAUAUAUAUAUAUAUAUUUUUCCGGUCUUUUGUUUAAUCUCCCUUGGUUUUUCCUUCAGGCUCCAGCCUUUCAUGAUUUCCUUCCCUCUCCCCCACAAACGCUCCGGCAGACUUCUGUAUCCUUCCUCCCCUUAAGGAGAUUUAAAAAAAAAAAAAAAAAGCAAACACACCAAAACUCUGACAUCCUCUUCUUCUUCUUCCAGCUGCCACAGGCUUUAAACUGUGUUCAGUCCCUGCCACGGGAAUACUACAGACUUGAAAUAAUGAAAUCAAGAAGCUUUUGGUCACUUCUGGUGUUGCUUGAGUUUUUCCUGUCAGUCACUUGGGGGUGGAUGGAAUCGGACAGGAUCAGAAGGCUUUAUGCGGAUGCAGGGAGGUUGCAACAAAAGGAAUCGGGAAGCUUUGAAGCCACAAGAAGAAAAGUGCUUUAUGGGCAAGAUGGCCUACAUGCAUCAUGCGAAAAAAAAUACUGUGGCCGGGGAAGUAAGUGUGUUGUGAACAAGGAGACUAAUCAGCCUGAAUGCAAAUGCCUAGAAGACUGCAAGCCCAGUUAUAUGCCAGUAUGUGGAUCUGAUGGCAAAUUUUAUGAAAAUCACUGUGAACUCCACCGAACCUCAUGCUUGCAGAGGAAGAAAAUCUACAUUAUCCACAGCAAGGACUGUUUCUUCAAAGGUGACACUUGCACAAUGGCAGACUACAGCCAUCUUAAAAGCAUACUCCUGGACCUUCAAGCUCAUCACCACAGCCAGCUGAGCAGCCCUGUAGAGGACAGAACAUCCCAGAAGCGCUUGUUAGUUGAAGACAUGUUUAAGUACUUGGAUAUAAACAGUGACGGGCACCUCAGCAGCUCUGAACUGGCUCAGCUAAUGGAGAAAGAAGCUCUAGAGGAUGAUUUCUUGGAUUGCACGAUGGAAGAUCUUCUCCGAUUUGAUGAUUACAACAAUGAUGGUUACUUAACCCUGCAAGAACUCUAUACUGCAUUCCAGGUGGUUCAACUCACUCUUCCGGAGGAACAGAAGGUUAGCAUUACCACAGUAACAGUUGGACUGAGCGCUGUAUUGACCUGUGCCAUCCAUGGAACCCUUAGGCCCCCAAUUAUUUGGAAACGCAAUGGAAUCAUACUGAACUUCUUAGAUUUGGAAGAUAUCAACGAUUUUGGAGAAGAUGAUUCCCUCUACAUCACCAAGGUAACAACUAUUCACAUGGGCAAUUACACCUGUCACGCCUACGGCUAUGAAGAGCUGUAUCAGACCCACAUCCUUCAGGUGAAUGUGCCACCAGUUAUUCGUGUAUAUCCCGAAACUCAGGCACAGGAACCUGGCGUAUCCGCAAGUCUCAAAUGUCACGCUGAAGGCAUUCCUAAUCCCAGAAUUACCUGGCUAAAAAAUGGCAUUGAUAUCAUGCCAAAAUUAUCCAAACAACUAACACUCCUAGCAAAUGGAAGUGAACUUCAUAUCAGUAGUGUUCGAUAUGAAGACACCGGUGCCUAUACAUGCAUUGCUAAAAAUGAAGUGGGAGUGGAUGAGGACAUAUCGUCUCUCUUCAUCGAAGAUUCAGCCAGGAAGACUCUUGCAAACAUACUGUGGCGAGAAGAAGGCCUAAGUGUGGGAAAUAUGUUUUAUGUCUUUUCCAAUGAUGGGAUCACAAUCAUUCAGCCAAACGAAUGUGAGAUCCGAAGACAUAUCAAACCCAGCGAGAGGAUUUUUACAAGUUAUGAAGAGAUCUGUCCUAGAGUUGAAGAUGGAGCUGUUCAGUCCUGCCUCUGGGCUUCAGCUGUCAAUGUCAGAGACAAGUAUAUUUAUGUGACACAACCCAAGCAGAACAGACUAAUGAUCAUUGAUAUCCAGACACAGAAAGUCAUGCAGUCUAUGGAUGUUGACCCCCUACCAGCCAAAUUACAUUAUGAUAAAUCACAUGACCAAGUCUGGGUCCUUAGCUGGGGGAACAUGCAGAAGUCCCAUCCAACACUGCAGGUAAUAUCAGAGGCAAGUGCAGGGGAAAAUCAGCAUAUCAUCCGCACGCCAUUUGAAGAUGUGGAUGAUUUUUUCAUACCACCUACAAAUCUUAUUAUUAAUCACAUUAGGUUCGGUUUCAUCUUUAACAAAUCGAAAUCUGCAGUUCACAAAAUUGACCUGGAAACUGUGACCCACAUCAAGACUAUCAGCUUCAGAAACUAUAGCUGCAAACCACAGAGCAUGGCCUAUACCCAUUUGGGCGGCUACUUCUUUGUCCAGUGUAAAAAAAAUACAUCAAUAAUAGCCUCUCCCCAGCUCAUUAUUGACAGUGUUACAGAUUCUGUGAUUGGCCCUAACAGUGACAUAUCGGGUACGCCCUAUAUUUCCCCUGAUGGACGCUAUUUGGUCAGUGCAGCUGAAGACAGUGGCAGGAUUAAAGUCCAGGCAAUAACCAUCCAAGGGGAAAUCAAGUUGAUUUAUGACUUACAAACACAUGUACACGUAUCUGAUCUGGCAUUUCAACCCUCUUUCACUGAAGGCAAUCAGUACUAUAUAUAUGCUACGUCACAUUUGCAAACAGAUGUGCUUUUUGUAGAGCUGUCAACAGGGAAAAUGAAUGUACUGAAGAAUUUAAAGGACCCUAUCAUGUCCAAAGACUGGCCCUGGAGCAGCUACACCAGAAUUAUGAAAGACAGUGGAUUAUUUGGACAGUAUCUUAUUACACCAGCUAAGAAUUCACUGUUUGUUAUUAAUGGGAGACAAAACACAUUACACUGUGAGGUUUCAGGUAUCAGGAGGGGUAACACGGUGGUCUGGGUUGGAGAAGUAUGAAAGGGCACAAAACUAGAGCUUGCAGCAGACAAGUACUGACUGGAUCUUACACUGCAACAAAUAGGCAGUAGCAUUGUAUAUUUUUUCACUGGGGAAAAAAACCUGUAUAAGCUUCAUGGUGCAACACUGGUCUACUUGCAAGUUUUAUAGUAUAAGAUAUGAUCUGCUAAUAGAAAUUGGGUUGUGUUGGGAUAUUUUUUGGAAGUAUGAUUUACGGCUUGGCUUAUGAAAAGAAUGUAUACCUGGAAAGAGAAUAAUUUCUCUACCAAGGUAUUGAAUAAGAUGCAUAACUGGAUGAUUCUGUAGAACAAAACAGCUUCUGAGUUUCAGUACUGAUGAGUCUCUCUGUUAUGUUGAAGUCAUCAGUUUUCUUUCAGUCAGUCUAACUACAAAUCACCUGUACUUCUGACUGUAGGGCCCUGAUUAUACAACCCUUAACAUUGCCUGAACAUGUAAGCAGUAAAAACACAUUUUAAACUGACCUUUGUAAUAAGAAAAAUAAAUCACAGAAAGCAGUUUUCAAAAUGCAGACAUCUAGGUGAUAAAUUUAAAGGAAAAUGAUCAGUUUCCUUUGAGGGAUGGUGUUAGAAGAAUUCUUUGAUAUAAUUUCAGUACCAAACAUGACAGAAGUAUCUACAAUCAACUAUCUUUUUUUUCUUUUCUCUCUUUUGCUAUUGGAAUGCAGGGUGUAUAAAGAACAUCGUCUGAUUGUAUUUGAGAAACUACUUAGUGGAAAAAUUGGGGAUGGGAAGGUGACUUUGAAAGCCACAAAACACUGGUAGUCAGAUAUGCAGAAUCUAUCGUAUCAGGAGAUAAAGCACUCUUCCUUCAGCACCAUGUGACUCAAGUCAGAUAGGACAUAGUGUGAAAAAUCAUUUCCUGCCUGCCAGAUAGCAUAAUAGCCAGGGUUGUUCUCAAUGUAGGCAGAAACAUUUCUAGAAAUUAUUCAUUUCCCUCAUUAGCAAUUUACCAACACUGAAGCGACUUAGUUCUUCAUAAAACAAUGGCUACAUAGCCAACUCCAUCUCCACCAGUUUCAGUAACAUUUUUAACAAACCAUUCACCCAUUAUAAUUGUAGUCUUAAUUUACAUGUGUCUCUUCAAAGAUUCUGGAAAAGAUUAUUUUUGCGUUGCCUUUCUCCUCCCAUUUAUAUUACACUUUUUUAUCUUCAAUUACCAUUUAGUUAUGAGAAAUUAGGUUCAUGUAAAAAUCAAAUAAAUUACCCCAGAAUGCAACAGCUGGCAGUGAGAAAGUUAAGUUGAUUUCCCAUAAAAAUAAACAUCCAUUUGCACUUUUAUAGAAAUAAAAAGCUUUUCUCCAGUUCUGUUUCGUAGCUGUCAGUGUUCAUCAUCAUGAACUAAUCAGAACAAGAGUAGUUAUGGGUAACUUUUCAAAGUGGUGCAAGCCAGACAAGUACUAUUAAAAACAGUAAGAAAUGAGCAGCUAAAUUCUACACACUGCUUUGAAAAUGUAAUCUUGAUGUUAGUGCAAACUCCCUUUUCCAGGGACAGCAUCUGUUACAUCAUAGCACCUGGUCUUUUGAAUUAUAUGAAAGUAUAACUAUGCUCUAGCAUGACCUUGAUGGCCUAGAGUUUAUACGAAAGCAGUUUUUGAAUAUAUACGGAGAUACUUAAAGGUGCGGUAACUAUUUUCUAACAUAGAUGUUUGUCACCCUCCUCAUAAAAAGGGAUUUUAAAUUGAAAGGACACAGAGUAACACUGAUAACAUUCCUUUAAGCAUUAGCUUUUAAUGAAGGAGUUGCAUUUUAUAGGCUGGCUAUAGACAUCAAGUAAUUUAUAACCAUCAUAGUUCUCUGAUGAGUAUAAAUCUGUUUGGACAGACGAAAAAAAGGCAAUGAAUCCUAUGAAUUCAUUAGAUAUGAAAUCCUUUAAAUUGCCCUUUAGCAUCUAUAGGAUGAAACCUACAUAUUUUCUCUUAUGAGCCAUAAAGGUUAGAAGACAUUAUCCCAUCAUUAAAACAUGGACAUACCUUCAUUUAGAAAUGCAUGGUGCUCAUGAGUCUCUACUCAUCUAGUGAGGAAACAUACACCUGUAAGGAAAGGAGGAGAUCAACUUUGUAAGUACUUUUAAAUAUGCACAACUCCUUUCUAGAACAAAGCUGUGUCCAUACAUUGCAGUCAUCUUAAACGUGUUUUAUUAGGCCAGACCACUGCGCUAGUGUUAUCUUUUAUGACUUCUUGAAUAUUUUAUUAUGCCUAUUGUAAGUUUCCUUGUAGAGAAGUUCAUUGUCUCAUAGAUCAAGCAAAUAUUACUUUUUUAAGAAUAUUUUCAAAAAAUGUAAAUAUCUGUUCAGGUAAAUAUUCUUACAACUGGUGUAAAUAGGCUGUGAAGGAUGUAUAAUAGCCCUCACAUCUUUCUGUUUGUCUCAAAAUAUUGGACUAGAGGUCACUCAAACUCCCACUUUAACCUUCCAAAGAUGUUCCCAUUUUUCCUUCCGCAGCCCAAGUUCUGGUGACGUGUUUUCUAAAUUAUCCUAAUGGUUAUAGCAUACUUAGACAAUGAAGUACAAUUUAGAUUGUCCACGCUACUUGUGAACAGUUCCACUCAUGGUCAAUCUAACAUUAAAGUGCUGCACACAUUUGUUAUUCUGGAUUUGUUUUCUUAUGCCACAACGCUCACCCUUUUCUCUGUACCAAAAAGGUUUAACUUGUGUUUGCCUUUGAUUGCAAGCAUAUUAAAUCUCCUUGAUUGCAGUUUCUUUUUCAUUUCUUUGAUAUGUAAGUAGCAAUUGCUUCAUCACUUCACAUUUUUCCUGGCUAAUGAAUUACUAAUCACAAUGAUUAAUUGAAAUGAAUUUAAAUUGGAUUAGCAAAUAAUUAGUUACUUUAAUAUGCUGAUCUAUCACUUAGGCGUCUAUUUGAUGGACACUAGGAUCACAGACAAUAGUCACUGAUUUCAGUAAGAAUCUAGUCCCUGAUCAUUCACUGCUUAGAUUAAAUGGUAAUACAAAAGAAAUACCAUUGCUGAUCUAAUCAGUAAUUUUUCCCCUUUCUUUUUCAUUUUCUAAAUAUGGAAGGCCUCUUAUUUAGCAGUGCUAGCUAUUCAGUCCAAGACUUGGGCAUAUAGCUGGUUUUGAAACAGUACAAGCUAAAAAAAGAGGAUGAGUACAAAGAUUCAGAACCAGAAACUGUGAAUCACCUGUUAUUACUGAGUUUUUUAACCUCCGCACCGCAUAAAUCAACUAAAUAUCCUUGGACAUUCCUCAAAUUUAGGAUGGGUGCACAUUUGCAAUUUGUUACGGGUAACAGUGAAAAUGUUGCGGCAGGAGACUUUCAUGUCUGUUCACUAAACCGAGUCAGAAAUUUCCUUUUAAUAGAAAUGCGGGUGUUGGAAAAUCUUGACCUGGCAGUUUGGGUCACUGAGCAGUAAAUCUAAAUUGGAAUGCUCCAUCUUCUUUAUAUCAUUAUUAUUAUUUCUUACAGUGCUCAAAAGUCUGCUGAGUGUCUCACGAUACAGGUAAAAAGACCAUGAGUUGUGUUCCUUAAUGAGCUCGCAUGCUAAUAUCAGACAUGAUCUUACAAGGGGUUAACAAGAUAGAAGGGAGGAGGUUGGGCAGAUGUACAUGGUGACAUUUAUAUGAGAACAUGGUUAGCCAAUAAGGGUGCAGCUUGAUGGAGUAAAGAAAUGUUCUGUCUCUUCCAUGGUGUCCCUCUGUCUCAUACCUGUCAUGAUUUUAAAUGAGAAAAAUAUCCAUAUGUUUAUCUGAAUACAGUUGCUUUCUGUUCAUUUAGCUUUCUCUCCAUUGGACUGGACAAGUCUUCCUGAUUAGUAAGUUUCCACACAGCCAAAUUCCGUGUGUGACUUUUAUUGACUUCUCAUGUCAACAUGAGAGCAGCCAGAGCCAGUCAGAAGUUGGCCUAAAUGGACUGUGUAUCUAAGAACAUGCCACUUUAUACCCCCAUAGUUUGCCUGUUAUAUUGUGAAAGUUAGGGCCAAAUUCCACUUGCCUUGCUUACACAACAUCUGAUAAAGGCAAGUAGGUGGUGGCUGAUUUCCAGAUGGGAUUACUAAUCCCACCCUAUUUCUGAUCUGAAAGCUACUGCAUUUCCUGACUCGCUGUUUUGCAAAAGGGACACUCUCUCUCUUUCAGAAGCAGCAAAGCCCUUUAAGCUAUAGAAAACAGGCCAGAGAUCAAUUUUAAAGUCACCCCCUCUGCUAAUGCUACUACUUCCUAAGAGUUUAUUCUUCAUCCUAACUACCAACCUGUAUUCCCCUGCCCCACCCCAAACACAAUGCAGCCUACCCCUCUUAAUACACUGUCCCUUUCUCCCCUCAACCUGUGUCUUGGUGUACUUCUAGUAGCCUCCUAAAUAGAUAAUGCCAGGGGCUAUCCUGUCUGAAUUGCAUCAUCCCGCUCCUACGUCACUAUAGCCUGAUGCUGCUGCUCAAACUACUUAUUCUGGGAUGCACACACUACACAACACCUCUGCAUCAUACUUGUCUUAGUCAGCCACAAUUAUCAUGCCAUCCAGUAGCUUCAUUGCCUAACCCGGUCCCCUGGGUACGGGGACAUUUAGCAUUCUGACCCAGGACCGGACAAAAACAAAACCAUUAAAAAAUCUCUGCAGCCGGGGAAAGAAGAACCUGUGCCUUUCUUUAAGCAAUUAUAUGGUGCUCAGCUAUUACAGUAGUGAGCAUGAUAUGGAUGCCUAAAAAGAAAAAUGUUGGCUUAAAUAACCCAAUGCUGCAACUAAACAUUAUUUCCUAUGCAAUGGAUUGUAACAAAGCCACAGGGAAAGGAAAGGCCAGUGGAGACUUUGAUUGUUUGCAACAACAUUUUUUAACAUCAGGAUUUUGUUUAAAAAAAUAGAGAGAGAUCAGGGAUUAGGGAAGAAGAGGCUGAAAUCUGGCCUAUUGGUGAAUUUUGUACACGUUUACAUUUUGUAGGAAAAAGGCAAAAUCCAAAAUAAAAGAGGGGGACUUCUCUGAAGCCCUACCUGUGCCUAAGAAAUCAAGAUGGUGUUACAUCUUUGGAGAUUGCACUAGAAAACUGUUGCCAGUUGAAGGGAAUGGCCUGAGCUUUUGUUUAUUCCACUGAAGGACAGCCUUGCAAAUGAAUGAGCCGUCUAAAUAAAGCGUAUGCAGUUUUUUACUAUGUUACAGUCAUCGUCUACUCGCUAGCGCUUGUGA